AAAUCAGCCAGUUCCCUCCUGACCAGAAGUGCAGGAGCCACAUGCUGCUAUGGUUCUUUCCUUCUGCUUCCACACUGGGCUCAUUAUGCUAGAUAGAACAGAGACUUGCCUCACCUCUUGCUUUCUGUGCUGACUCCAGAACACAGUGUGUGUUCUGGGAGAGGACAGCUCUGUGCUCGUAUUAGUUGCCGUGCUGUGGGCUUCACAGUCUCAGCAUUUUCUGCUGUUCCUGUGGAUUUAUUUGAUGCCAGAAAUCUCUUUGACCUUCCACAGUUAACUACCAUGGAUCAGUUCAUCUUAGCCUUCCUGAAGAAUUCAUCGAUAAAGAAUUUUCAGCAUUUGGCUAACGACUUUAUGCCUCACUACUCCACAUUAAUUAGUAAGGUAGGAGGCAUCCUCUCUCCAGAAACCCUCAGUAAUAUUCAAAAAGACCUUCAGGAAGGGAAGCUAAAUGAUGCAGUGGACAAGAUCCAAGAAUCACUUGCUGCAGCAGAAAAUUGUAUUCUGGAGGUGGCUGUAAUAGGGGAGUCUGGGACUGGCAAGUCCAGUUUCAUCAAUGCCCUGCGAGGGGUUAGUUCUGAAGAGGAGGGAGCAGCUAACACUGGAGUUGUAGAGACCACCAUGGAGAAGACCCCCUAUCAACAUCCAAAAUAUCCCAAGGUGACCUUCUGGGACCUGCCUGGAAUAGGGACUCCCAAUUUCCUUCCAGACACUUAUCUAGAUACUGUGGGAUUUACUAGCUAUGACUUCUUUAUCAUCAUUUCUUCCUCCCGGUUCAGCUUCAAUGAUGCUCUCCUGGCUCAGAAAAUCAAAGAGGAGGGGAAGAAGUUUUACUUUGUUAGAACCAAAGUGGACAGUGAUUUAUAUAAUGAAGAGGUAACCAAACCGAAGUCCUUCAAAAGGGAGAGAGUCCUUCAGCAGAUUCGAGACAACUGUCUGGCUAAUCUCAGUUCCAUUGGAGUACCUGAGCCAUGCAUCUUCCUAGUCUCUAAUUUUAACUUGGAUAAUUUUGAUUUCCCAAGACUACAGGAGACUCUGCUGAAGGAUCUCCCUGCUCACAAGCGUCAUAUCUUUGCACUUCUGUUGCCCACUUUUUCUGAUGCUUCUAUUGAAAUAAAGAGAGAUUUCCUCAAGGAGAAGAUCUGGUUGGAUGCUGUGAAGUCAGCAUCUUUGGCCUUUGUCCCCUUCAUGCCCAUUAUCUAUGGCUUUGAUUUGCCUGAACAAGAGAAGUGCUUGAAGGUUUACCGAAAACAUUUUGGUCUUGAUGAUAUGUCAAUUGAAGAAAUUGCUGAAAAGUUGGGCACUUCUAUGCAGGGCAUCAAGACAUACAUCAAGUCCUUGGAUUUCUGGCAACUUGUGAAGGAUGAUAGUAUAGCAGCAAAGGCGAGGAGCUGUGCUGAGUGCUGCUGUUCAGUGAAUGGAGGUGCCAUAUCUGCUGUCUUCCAACUUCUAAAAAUCUACUUUUUACGUUUGAAAUUCCUUGAUACUGUGGCUAAUGAUGCUAAAAUUCUCUUGCAUAAGACUUUAAAAAGGGCUGGGGAUGUGGCUCAGCGGUAGCGCACUCGCCUGGCAUGCGUGUGGCCCGGGUUCGAUCCUCAGCACCACAUACAAAGAUGUUGUGUCCGCCAAUAACUAAAAAAUAAAUUAAAAAAAAAAAGACUUUAAAAAUUCAAGUCUGAGAGGAUGAGAUAAAGGUGGCACUGAGGUAGGAGAAAUUUCUAAAAAUAAUUAAAUAGGCACAAAGGAGACAUAAAGAAAGAAAAAUAAAUUUUAAUUCAGAAGUUCCACAUUCAUUUCCAGGCCUAUCACUACCCAAGCCAGUAUCUUUCAAACAGCCAGGUCUGCUACUCCAAAAAUCCUGGGAAACAUGUAAAUCUACCUUUUUCACUGUUAAUUACCCACCCCCAACAAAUAGAUUAAAUAAAGAGAAAUAUGAUAUUCUGAGAGACCUGUAAUUUAGAGGGACUUUCCACCUCUGUUGACAAGAUAAUAAAGACUACAUCAGCCCAAGGAUCCUGAGAUUGACCAGACUACCAUAAAACAUCUUGAGAUCACCAGACUGAUAUCAUUUCUACAAAUCUUUUUAUACCCACCUCUCACCAAGUUUCCUUUAAGAGUCAGGAACCCUAAAAAUGUGUCUCUCAUUCUCAAGAUGGCCUUCAUUCUCUUUUGAAUGUAUAUUUCUUGUUCAUGUCAAGAAACACAUAUUGUUUCUUGAAUGUACCCUCCCUCCCCCCCCCCUCUCUCUCUCUCUCUCUCUCUCUCUCUCUCCCCUACAUUCUCAUUUUGAGAUACCUUGUAUAUCUACUUUCCUAAAUAAACCUCUGACUGGCACAUACUAAAAUUCUUUUCCAUCAAUACAUAAUCUAAGAACCCCUCUGGUCCUGAGUCAAGUUUCCCCUUCUCUCUGGAAACUCCUUAGACCCUUCUCUAGAGACACAUCUUCUCCUGUAACAGCACAACUUACUAAAUACUGAAUGAACCUCAAGCCUUGCCUUCUAAGAGUGAGGAUGGAAGUUGUAUUUCUCCUAACAUCCUAUAGGCCAGCUAUUCCCAAAUGUUGAAGUAAUAUCUGUUCAGUGAAAGAAGGCCCUUGCUCAUGACCUCACACAGAUGUUUUGGCCAUAGCCUUGGAGUGACCAAGAGAUCUUUAUUGCAAUGAUUUAUGAUUAACAGGGAAGGAAGAGAAAGAGAGAGAGAGAGAGAGAGAGAGAGAGAGAGAGAGAGAGAAGGAAAAAAGAGAAGAAAGGGAGAGAGCAAAGUGAGAGGAGGGGUGGGAGAGAGAAGAAAGAGGGGAGAGGGGUGAGAAAGUGUGAGAGAGAGAGAGUAAGAGAGGGAGGCCCAGCAAGAAAGAGUUUUUAUAGCCAAAAUCUAAUGGGGUCUUUGGGUCUGCAAGCUGCCUUGUUGGCAUACAGUGAUUGGAUCAUACAGUAGUUGCUAAGGGUAUCAUCUUCUGCCCUCAGGAAGACUGGGAAGGGGCUAGAUGUGGGUUUCCCUUGCACCAGACAGGUGGGGGUCCAGUGUUCAGCCUUGAGUGGGGUUGAGUGUUCAGGCUUGAGGCGAACAAGUGAUAAGAAACCAGAUGGGUGAGGGUGGGGGCCGAGUGUUCAGCCCAUCCUGCAGCUAACAUUUGUUCAGCCUGCUCCACAACUAACAGAUUCUAUAUGCUUUCUCUUAAUCUCAACAUAUUAUAAAGUACUUCACAUUUGUAUUUUUGGCUCAGACAAAAGAGUUUGUAACAAUCAAGAAUUAUACAUCUUCUCAAUAACCUUCUCAUCAAAAUAAGAGAAGAUAUAUAAAUAUGGGAAUUUGAUUAAAGAAAUAGUAAAAAGUGUUUGUGGUGGGAAGAUGUAGCAAGACAAGGAGGAACUUGAGAAAGAAUUAUAGAAAUGGUCUGUAUAUCACAUAUGUAGGUCAUGGUUUUUAUAUCUGGGGACUUUCCAGCAAAGGAUUGAUUAAGAUUCUGGUGAACAGGACACAGUGAGGGGCAGGUUGUAUCAAGUAGGAACUUGGGAAUAAAGGGAGAGAUAUUGAGUCUCCACGGAAACCCUCAUGAACCACUGAAAUGCAGAAAGCACCCAGGACAACUGCAACUUCUGAAUGAAGCAGCCUGUGCCCUUGGCCAACACCUUUGACCCAUGCCCUUGUCUGCAAAAGGUACCUGAGGGCAAUAAGCAAGUGCAGGGGACACUGGCAUGAAAUUGUGUAGCUCUGAUAUUGCUGGUUACCUUGACGAGUUCUGAUUGACUGAAUGUUGAAGUAUAAUACCAGAGAAGCACGCAGAGGCAAGCAUUGGAUAGAAAGUAAGAAGCUUUAUUUAAAGGAGAGUAAAAUAGAUUUCCCCCUGGGAGGAAGAUGAGGACCCUAAGGCAGAAUCCAUGGGAUGAGGAAGUCCCAUCCCUUUUAUACACUUAAAGUUUUCUUUGUUCGUUUGCAUUCUCUCUUUUCUUAUUCAUUUCCCCCCAUCCUGAAUUUGUGACUGGGAGAUGCCAGUGGUGUGGCCAAAAGAUGGGAAAUAGGUGGAUUGGAGGGGCCAAGGUGGAGUGAUCCAGAGAGGAAGGAGGCCCAGGGUACAUUAACAGCACCUGUCAGCUUAGGAGUUGCUUCAUUAACAACCCAUUGGGAGGGGUAGUGUAGGCCAGGCUCUGGGGAUAUUAACAUUUCAAUCUCCCAGGGGUGGUGGUUUCCAACUUCCCAGACCCAAACCAUUUUCUCCUUUUCUCUAUCUGACCCCAGAUUGCCUAUCUACACUGACUGCUUGUCUUUAAUUCUGGCUUCAGCUCUGAUCUAGUUUCACCUCUAUUCCAACACCCAGCAACCACACCACACCAACAGAUUGCUGUCUCUCCCUCUAGAGAUUUUACCCUGCAUGGGAGAAAAAGAAAGGGAAGUUAUUGUACAGUUGCUGAAACAGUAGAAAUGAGUCUCCAAGAAUUGCUGUUGAAUGUGUACUCCCUUGGAUGUGUACUCCUUACUUUACUGCAAAAGGCCUCUCUCUCUCUUGAGAUCACCCCUCCCCCUAUUUUCCCCUUGAAUGUGUUAAUAAACAUCUUUCUCAGUUUCUGA